CCCCGCCUUUUUUCCUUUCCACUCGUGUGGAGGAGAGACAUGAAUGAAGAGGACAGAGUUAAGACGUUGCCUCUGCUUGUGUGGGGCAAAAGAAGAAGCAGAGAGCAGCACUACUGAGACUCUACUCGCAGCCUGAAGGAAUGUAACCCUCCCCGGCUUCCUUUCUCAUAAAGCACCAUUAUAAUCACUGAGAAGAAGGCCGGUGCUGGGAAGCCAAGAAAGCGGUUCCGCUUGUUCAAGGGAGGAGUGAGGGGAAAUGCUUCACAAUCUUUUCAACAACAAUCUCCUGUGACUUUUUCUGGCUGCCUUAAAACGCGCGGUGGGUGGAGAUGGGAAGAAGGGGAUAAGACAGGCGGAGAGAAGAAAAAGUGAGUUUCUGACAGACAGGUAGAAAAACAGAGCUCUGGGUUGCUCUACCCCCCGACCCCGGCCCCCAGGAGCGCCGACUGGGCGGGAAUGUUUCUUGGCCUCUGAUGGGGACAUUGCGCUGGUUUCCAAGCCCUUUCCCCACCAUUCUUAGCCCGGGAGGUGGCCAUGAACCGGCCCACGGACCAGGAGAUGAUCGAGCUGAAGAAUCUGGGGUUAGAGAAUCCGCUAGAUCUGACUCGAGGCCCGCGAGGCACGUCCGAGCGCCCUGUCCGGCUGGAGCGGGCCAACGCCUUGAGAAUCUCUCCAGGGAAGGUGCCCGAGAUCCUGAGCCGCGUACGCCAGAUACGCCUCCUGGGGGGCCAAAGUGACCCGAAACUGACCGAGGCGCUAGGCGAGGGACAUGUUUUCAAGCCCUGCACCCAGAGUCAGCCAACCUGGUGCGAUCUGUGCGGGGAUUUCAUCUGGGGCGUCUACAAGAAGCGUCUGCAGUGCAUCCACUGCAAGUUCAUCUGUCAUUACCGAUGCCGUGCCCUGAUUCGGCUUGACUGUAGUGGCCCCAGGUUUCAAGAUGGUGAUCAGAAUGACGGCAAUGAGCAGACUGUAGAAAAAGACACCAAUGUGGAUGAACAGAUUGACUGGGAGAAACCCAUCUUGUCCCAAGCUGAGACUGAGCAGAAAAUAAAAGAAUACAACAGCCAAAUCAACAGCAACCUCUUCAUGACCUUGAGCAAAGAUGGUUCCUACACUGGCUUCAUCAAGGUGCAAUUAAAAUUGAUCCGUCCCAUCUCAGUACCAGCCAAUAAAAAGGCACCAUCCAUCCAGGAUUCCAGGAAGAACUCGCGCAGCCAGGCAGUAAAGCGCCGUACCUCAUUCUACCUGCCCAAGGACACUAUCAAGCAUCUGCACAUAAUUUCUCGUACACGUGCCAGUGAAGUCAUUGAGGCUUUGCUCAAGAAAUUCAUGGUAGUUGACAACCCCCGCAAGUUUGCCCUCUUUGAGAGAACGGAAAAGGAUGACCAAGUGUAUCUCCGCAAGCUUUCUGAUGAGGAGCAGCCCCUGCGUCUCAGACUCCUAGCUGGCCCUAGCGAAAAGGCACUCAGUUUCAUUUUGAAGGAGAACGAGACUGGAGAAGUCAAUUGGGAUGCCUUCAGCAUGCCUGAACUACAGAACUUCCUGCGUAUUCUGCAACGUGAAGAAGAGGAGCAUAUCAGGCAGAUCUUGCAAAAAUAUACCCGAUGCCGCCAAAAGAUGGAAGAGGCCCUGAUCACCCGUACCCCAGGCUGACAUAGUGUCCCAUCCCAGACCCAGCACUCCAGUAAAUAUAAGAUGCCAGAUGCAAAGAAGUGAAGCCAAGUGGUCUACGAGUGAAGUGAUCCUUGCACUGUCUGUGGGCUAUAUCUCUGGAGGGGUGGGGAAGGGAUAAAGGGAUGUACAAGUCCCUUGGCGAGCCCGUCAGUGGUGCAUGAGUGUCUGCUCCCAUAGAAUGAGUGGUUGUAGAGGCAUUGCGUGCAUGGCAGUGGAAUCAGGUGGGGAGUAAGGAAAUGCCUAUGGAAUGUUUGUGAUUAUGAGAAGUUUAAUAGUACUGCUGUGGCAAUUGCUUUCAGAGUAUGAGAAUGUUCAUGCCAGUCCUGUACCUGAAGGCUGGCUUGAGUGGUGAAUGUCUGAACUUGAGUCUAAAGAUGACUUGAGGCUUAACAUAAGUAAGAUCAACCAAUGUGGCCUCAAACUCUUCUUUCCCAAGAUAAUAGCAUCCUUGAUAAGCACUUUCCUCCAAAACACCUCUUUCUUUUGGAGACUGACUUCAAGGUCCUAUGGAUUGGUCCAAUCUAUUUAACCUUGUCUUAAUCUGCCUUGGUUUGAUACACAACAGUAAGAUUUCUGAACUUUCUGCUGCCUUUUGGCUGGAGGCACUGCUUGGACUAUGGCUCAACAAACAGUGAAGAAUGAAGUCUGUUGCCCCCAUUCAGGUUCUUCUGAAAUGAGUCAAGCAAUAGGACAGAACCUUUUGGCAAGUGUGGUCAAAAUACCAAAGGGAACCCUGGUCACAGGCAGAAGAACUUCUGGUAACUUCUCUGAUACACAGUCAAGACCAUGAAGACCAAACCCAGUGUUGCUACAUCACCAGUCGUUCUAGAGUAACCACUGGUGGUUGAUUGAGCUAUGGUUGAUCCCCACCCCCCAAAAAACCACACACACACACAGACAGAGUAAAGGACAAUUAAAAAGUAUAGAAUAUGCAAGAGCAGUGAUCAAGACCCAGAUCAUUCCAUGAAGUCAAUGAGGAAGGAAUAUAGAGAGCUCUUCUUGCCCAAAUACACCUCUUAUUUAGCCAUGGGUGACACUGUGCAGACUAGUGCCAUGACAAAUCUCAGGAUUCAGGUUUCUCUUCUGCUAAGGGUAACUGAACUUCCUUGGUGAGGGGAGGCAUACAUACUGUUAUAGUAGGUGACACAGCUUGUACUCACAAAGACUUGAAUGAAUCCACUGGUAUGUUCUGUAUAUUCUCUACAGCAGGCAUCCAGAGGAGACUGUGACUACUAGCAGUGGCUGACCCUUCUGGAGAGUGGUCUUUUAAAAUGAGGAUUGUGUCUUAAUUGUCAAGCAUCCAGUGGAUAAAAGUCCUGGGAGGACAGGUUGUGAAUGGUGCUGCUUAUAUACCAAUCAAUAAAAGAUUCAGGGGUGAGAGAUA